AUGUCGAUCCUACCAGAAGACGACGACAGACUCCUCUUGUUUUUCACAUGUAAGCAGCUGUCGGUUGGCGUUGCUGGAACACUCUUGUCAUAUGACGGACGAAAGGAUCAGGAGGACAAACUCAAGUAUUUUCGGAUCGGAGACUUCCUCCGCUUCUUCGAUUUAUAUCCCAACUUCCGUAGUCAAUCCAGAGACCUGCAUGUCAGUCUCGACUUGCCAAAAUUCCUUGUCUGGGAAGCCGGACUGACUCGUUUGCCAGUGGUCAGCAUUGAACCGCUGUACAACACACUGAGACCUCUUGGACUUCUGUACCAGGCUGCCAGGGGCCGGAAUAAAGGUCGCAGCAGUCUAUCUAAUCGCAUCCGUCGGUCUGCCGCGGACCUAGCGACCGUCAGUCUACACCUUUUACUUAAAUCGGCCGGACUUGGACCACUCGUUGAUUGGACAAGGCGGUGGCGGAAUCUCGGGAUUCCAGAAGUUUCCGGGGCUGUUGUCUGGAUGCCAGGUGAAAGUACUCUUUAA